ACGAUAACAAGUUGAUAUCAAACGUAGUAAUCUGACGAGCUGCUGAUUGAUUCAUCAACCUGUUUUCAAUGUCUUAGGUGAGGAGAAAACGAUAACAAGUUGAUAUCAAACGUAGUAAUCUGACGAGCUGCUGAUUGAUUCAUCAACCUGUUUUCAAUGUAUUAGGUGAGGAGAAAACGAUAACAAGUUGAUAUCAAACGUAGUAAUCUGACGAGCUGCUGAUUGAUUCAUCAACCUGUUUUCAAUGUCUUAGGUGAGGAGAAAACGAUAACAAGUUGAUAUCAAACGUAGUAAUCUGACGAGCUGCUGAUUGAUUCAUCAACCUGUUUUCAAUGUCUUAUAGGUGAGGAGAAAACGAUAACAAGUUGAUAUCAAACGUAGUAAUCUGACGAGCUGCUGAUUGAUUCAUCAACCUGUUUUCAAUGUCUUAUAGAAUGGACCAAUCAAAACCACACGUAGAGAUGUUCCACUACAGGAACAAGGAACAGUCGUCCGACCUCCUACUGCAGCUGAACCGUCUGAGGCAGAACAGGAUUCUUACCGACGUGCUCCUCUGUUCAGAUAACACAGAGAUCCCCUGCCACCGUAACAUCCUGGCCUCCAGCAGUCCUUACUUCACGGCCAUGUUCUGUCACCACUUCAGAGAGACCAACCAGGAGAAGGUGGAUCUGAAGGGGAUAACCUCCAGCAUCCUGAGUGACAUCGUCGACUACGUCUACACAGGGGUCAUCACCAUCACCAUGGAGAUAGUACUGCCCCUUAUGCAGGCUUCCUCCAUGCUCCAGUACACCAGGCUGUUCGAGGCCUGCUCCUCAUUCCUGCAGGAGCAGCUGAGCCCAGACAACUGCCUCAGCAUGAAGCGACUGGCAGAGAUAUUACACUGCAACAGCCUGAAGGAGAAGGCCAGGGAGAUGGCAGUACAGAGCUUCUCUGACGUCUCUACCUCUGAGGACCUGUGUGAGCUCUCCUUACCUGAGCUGAUGGGUUACCUGGAGGAUGACUGGCUCUGUGCUGAGGAGGAGCAGGUGUUCGAGACGUUAUUGGCGUGGAUCCACCACGACCCGUUCUCCGCGCGCGGCGCCAUCUCCGACCUUUUCAGGAAGGUGCGUCUGCGCUACAUCCACCCCACCUACCUGUUCCAGUUCAUCGCCAGCGACCCCCUCGUCCAGUCCUCCACCCUGUGCACCGAGGUCAUCGAGUCCGUCCGACGCCUCAUGUUCUCCAUCACUACUAAGUGUGGGUCGGACCUCAAGCCCCUGUGGGUGACCCCGCGGCGUUUCACCUGCCGGGAGACCCUGGUUCUAGUUGGCGGCCGCAAGAACAACGAACAGACGUCCCGCGAAGCACUCCUGUUCGACGAGAGGACUCAGCGCUGGCAGUGGCUGGCCAAGCUGCCCUUGCGACUCUAUAAGGCCUCCUACGUCUGUAUCCACAGUAUCCUGUAUGUCCUGGGAGGCCUCACCAUGAACACCAAGCACAGAGUGGUUAGCACCACUGUCUAUACGUUGUCUCUGAAGACCAACCAGUGGAGGACGACUGAGCCCAUGAUCCAGCCUCGCUUCGCCCACCAGUCUGUCUCCUACCUGCACUUUAUCUUCGUCCUGGGGGGCCUGGGGCCGGAGAAGCAGGUGUGCGACACGGUGCAAAGGUACAAUAGUAUGUUCAACCAAUGGGAGGCUAUGGUUCCCAUGCCGACGGCUGUGCUACACCCGGCGGUUGCCGCUAACGAUCAAAGAAUCUACAUGUUCGGGGGAGAAGACGCGAUGCAGAACCCUGUCAGGAUGAUACAGGUGUAUCACAUUGGCAGGAAUAUGUGGUCUAUGUUGGAGACCAGGACAGUGAAGAACGUUUCUGCACCAGCAGCUGUCCUCGAUGACAAGAUCUACAUUAUCGGAGGCUACACCAGAAGAAUGAUUGCGUACGACACCAAAGCCAACCGCUUUACGAAGUGUGAGAACCUGAAGCAGAGGAGGAUGCAUCACGCCGUCGCGGUGCUCGACGACAAACUGUACGUGACCGGAGGACGCUUCAUCAACGGACACGACGUCAUAGAGGACUCCGACAGCUUCGAGUGCUACGACCCGAAGACUGACGCGUGGACGACGAAGGGGACGUUGCCGUACAGGCUGUUUGACCACGGUUCUCUGUCCCUGGUGUGUGUCUCCAACAAAUCCAAGCCUCCUGAGUGUGUGUUGUGGAUGUGUGUGUGUCCCCCCUUCAGAUGAUACUCUGCCCGACCAAGCAAAAAGACAUUAACUGCUCAUAGCGUGGAACUGAGUAUAAUGGCUUUUAUUUACCUUGGUGUCACAGUAUCUUCAUGCAGUUACUGGCUAACAUGACCCCCCAUUUUCUCCUGAACACAAUACAACCGAGGCAGGAUACUUGUCCACAUGAUUAAUAAUGUAUUUAAUGUCGCAAAAAAUUGACAUGAACUCAUUUUGGACCAAAUGAGCAGUUAUUGCCUUUUUGCAUGGUAGGGCAAUACUGUCUAUGCAUAUGUUGCUGCUCGGAUGUGACGCUGACCGACACAGAUGUUGCAAAGAACAUCUCUGAUGUCAUUUCCUGUCCCGCAAAUUCCCUCACUGGGUGACACUUUCCCCAGCAGCGAAUCUUAAAUCAAAUGAGAUAUUUUUAUGUUUUUAUAGAUUUUAUCGUGUGGAACUGAAGCCCUGGGCAGUUAAUUGUUAUGUGGAACUGAAGCCCUGGGCAGUUAAUUGUUGUGUGGAACUGAAGCCCUGGGCAGUUAAUUGUUGUGUGGAACUGAAGCCCUGGGCAGUUAAUUGUUAUGUGGAACUGAAGCCCUGGGCAGUUAAUUGUUGUGUGGAACUGAAGCCCUGGGCAGUUAAUUGUUGUGUGGAACUGAAGCCCUGGGCAGUUAAUUGUUAUGUGGAACUGAAGCCCUGGGCAGUUAAUUGUUAUGUGGAACUGAAGCCCUGGGCAGUUAAUUGUUGUGUGGAACUGAAGCCCUGGGCAGUUAAUUGUUAUGUGGAACUGAAGCCCUGGGCAGUUAAUUGUUGUGUGGAACUGAAGCCCUGGGCAGUUAAUUGUUGUGUGGAACUGAAGCCCUGGGCAGUUAAUUGUUAUGUGGAACUGAAGCCCUGGGCAGUUAAUUGUUAUGUGGAACUGAAGCCCUGGGCAGUUAAUUGUUAUGUGGAACUGAAGCCCUGGGCAGUUAAUUGUUAUGUGGAACUGAAGCCCUGGGCAGUUAAUUGUUGUGUGGAACUGAAGCCCUGGGCAGUUAAUUGUUGUGUGGAACUGAAGCCCUGGGCAGUUAAUUGUUAUGUGGAACUGAAGCCCUGGGCAGUUAAUUGUUAUGUGGAACUGAAGCCCUGGGCAGUUAAUUGUUAUGUGGAACUGAAGCCCUGGGCAGUUAAUUGUUGUGUGGAACUGAAGCCCUGGGCAGUUAAUUGUUGUGUGGAACUGAAGCCCUGGGCAGUUAAUUGUUGUGUGGAACUGAAGCCCUGGGCAGUUAAUUAUUGUGUGGAACUGAAGGCUAUGGGUGUAUACAAGUCCUGUAGACUAUAUGAAGACGACACGACAUGAUGACCAACUGUUUAGUCACCAGUCCAAACACACGUUACCAACAGACCGGAUGACAUUACUACCCACUGGGGAAAAAAUGGUUGCAAACAGUAUUGUUUCUACGUCAUUUCAACCCCAAAACAAAUUAUAUCUUGAUAACGUUGAAUCAACGUGGAAAACUGGUUGGAUUU